UUAGCCAAUUAACGCGUGAUUGCCGACAAAUAGUACUUGGAAUUAUACACAAUGCAAGAACUAAUUGAAAUAAACAACUAUAAACAAGAAAAUUCUGAUAAAAUGACUAACAAUCGAGAGAUAAACCAAUAGUAUUUGCAUGAUGAGCUCCUAUUUUGAGAGCAUGGCCUGGCCAAAGUGUUUGGCUGUGGCUAUAUUCCUACUGCUUAUAUUGGUAACCGUAAUUGGCAAUAUGCUAGUUAUAUUGUCUGUUCUGACCACACGAAGACUUCGCACGGUCACCAAUUGUUUCGUGAUGAGUUUGGCAGUUGCAGAUUUACUUGUCGGUAUUUUCGUGAUGCCUCCAGCAGUUGCUCUACAUGUCAUUGGUUCCUGGCAACUUGGCUGGACGCUCUGUGAUAUUUGGAUAUUUUUUGACAUAUUGCUAUGCACAGCAUCUAUUCUAAGCUUGUGUGCCAUAAGCUUGGAUAGGUAUCUCGCAGUGACACAGCCGUUGACAUAUUCGAAAAAGUGGCGUUGCAAGCGAUUGGCCCUGUUAAUGAUUCUUGGCGUUUGGUUACUGGCGUUUGUUAUUACAUGUCCACCUAUGCUAGGCUGGUAUGAACCAGGAAGAAACCGUCAUCAACAGGACUUUGUUGACUGUCGCUACAAUCAGAAUAAAGGAUAUGUCGUUUACUCGGCAAUGGGCUCUUUCUUUAUACCUCUGACAGUCAUGUUAUAUGUUUACGUUAGGAUUGGAUAUGUCCUGACAUCAAGACGAGCGCAAAUGGUACACGACGCGAAUACGGAACGCACGGCUGAUUAUGAGGUAGAUGGUGAUAAUUUUAUCUCAGAGUCGGAACAGUAUCGUUGUAAUCCACAUAAAUGCUUGCCCUGCUGUGAGGCCCGCUGCAGUGUGAUUAGAGCCCAUGGUAAUCCAAUUUUCAGCACCAACAACGUCAAAUGCAUUAAGUGCCAAGAGACAAAGUUGACGGAUAAAAGAAUGAAAUUGAAGCAUCAGCCAACAUUCUACGAACUUAUGGAAAUCUCUCGUGUAUCAUCAUUAACUCAAUGCUCUGGAAACAACUGCAGAUUCCACACACGAUGUGCCUCAGCGAUGUCCUUGCCGACAUUAUAUUAUAACGAUAGUUCAUCUUUGGGCACAUCAAACAGUAAAGUCUCCGAUCGAUCAACUAACAAUUCGCAACGACUGAGACGACCUAUGGCAAGUCAUCGUAUUCCCAUGCGAGUUUCAACUAAGACCAAGAGCUCCAAGACGACUAAGAUCCUGACGAUUGUCAUGGGAGGUCUGAUCGCAUGCUGGACUCCAUUCUUUGUAUAUUAUCUGCUGAUACCUUUUUUGCCGCAGUUGAAAAAGCUUGAGGGUCUAAUGUCCUUUUUCACUUGGGUGGGUUGGCUUAACUGUGCCAUUAAUCCCUUCAUUUAUGCUUUUAACCCCGACUUCCGAGCUGCUUUCUGGCGUUUGACAUGCCGAAGAAUCUGUAAACAGAAACUGCCGCGAAACCAUUUGAACAUGUUUCGUGCCUAAAAUUUAAGUACUAUAAAACAUUCAUUUUUACCAGUAUAUUUAUUUUGUUUUAUAUUCACAAUUCCUAACUUAACAAAAAAAAAAAAAAAAAUACAGACAAAUAAAAUACAUAAAUGUAUUUAAAUGUUGUACGUACGCAUACUUGUAAUUAACACUAAGUUUAUUUAUAAUAAAAGACAACGCAAAAUGUGUAAAAUGA